CGGGGGCCGUCGCGGGCUCGCUUUGCGGCAGGUGCGCGGGACGCGCGGCAGCCUCCGCCAGUUCCCCUGCUGCCUCCGGUUCCCUACUGCGACUCCGGCUUCUGACUCCGGCUGUGGCUCCUCUGUGGCUAGAAAGUGGGGCCGGGCGCGGCUCUGGCCUGCCCCGCGAGGUGACCUUUGUCGAGUCCCUGUCGCGCCUCGCCGUGGCGCUGUUCCUUGCGCGGGCCUGUCAGAGACCCCUCCCUCGAGCGUUUGAGGACACAGGCCUAGAGCUGCCCCACAGGCUGCCCAGUGGCAGGGCGAACGCCGGGCCGCUGGGGGCGGGGGCGGGGACGGGGGAGAUGCCCCUACACGUGAAGUGGCCGUUCCCCGCGGUGCCGCCGCUCAGCUGGACCCUGGCCAGCAGCGUCGUCAUGGGCCUGGUGGGCACCUACAGCUGCUUCUGGACCAAGUACAUGAACCACCUCACCGUCCACAACAAGGAGGUGCUGUACGAGCUCAUCGAGAACCGAGGCCCCGCCACCCCGCUCAUCACCGUCUCCAAUCACCAGUCCUGCAUGGAUGACCCUCAUCUCUGGGGAAUCCUGAAACUCCGCCACAUCUGGAACCUGAAGUUGAUGCGUUGGACCCCCGCGGCUGCAGACAUCUGCUUCACCAAGGAGCUGCACUCCCACUUCUUCAGCUUGGGCAAGUGUGUGCCCGUGUGCCGAGGAGAUGGCGUCUACCAGAAAGGGAUGGACUUCAUUUUGGAGAAGCUCAACCAUGGGGACUGGGUGCACAUCUUCCCAGAAGGGAAAGUGAACAUGAGUUCCGAGUUCCUGCGCUUCAAGUGGGGAAUUGGGCGCCUGAUUGCCGAGUGUCACCUCAACCCCAUCAUUGUGCCACUGUGGCACAUCGGAAUGAAUGAUGUCCUUCCUAACAGCCCGCCCUACUUCCCCCGCUUUGGACAGAAAAUCACCGUUCUGAUCGGGAAGCCUUUCAGUGCCCUGCCUGUGCUCGAGCGGCUCCGGGCGGAAAACAAGUCAGCCGUGGAGAUGCGCAAAGCCCUGACCGACUUCAUUCAGGAUGAAUUCCAGCGCCUGAAGACCCAGGCAGAGCAGCUCCACAGCCACCUCCAGCCCGGGAGAUAGGCUCUGCCUUGCUGGCUCCAGGAAGCACUGGGUCCUCCAAGGCCUGCGGAAGAAGCAGCGCUGGGACCCCGGCCCGGCUGGCUCUCGGUGCUGUCUUUUGGACUCCUGCCCCGCAUCCUGGGGAGGGGGAAUGGACUGAUGCUUUCAGCUCAGCUGUGGUUUCAAGACAGAUGUGUUCCUAACUGUCUCGUACCUGGUGAGCAUCCCAGCGCCUCCAUGCUCUUCAGUUAGAGGAAGCACCUCAGCAGCUCCUCCCACUUGGCCAAGAAGGGAGGAAGGAGCUUAGGCAGAGGCCUCCUUCCUCUUGCCUUCAGAUGUUCUCUCCCUGGAGCUAGUGUUGGGAGGGAGCAGAGCAGGCAGGUGAGCAAAUAAUUGGGUGGGGGACCAGGUGGCCCAGUGGAGCUGCAGAGACAGGCCCCUAACACCUCUUAGCCUGCGCGUCACCCACCUGCCCUUGCCCAUCCGAGAGCUGCUCACUACCUCCUCUGGGAUGGCGGUUGGCCACGUCUUCUUUCUGCCCAAGUUUCCCCUGCCUCCGCAGGGCCUAGCCCCGGACAGGGCCUGGCAGGAAGAGCAGCCCCUUGCCAGAAGUCAAGGACAGUUGAAGGGAGCCUGCAGUGAGGGCCUAAGAACUGGCCACUCGCCCCAUGCUGGGCCCACCAAGUUCUCCAUCCUUUCUACCUCUUGGCAUCCCUCUCAUCCUGGGGACUGGGUUUUCAUGAUUUUUAAACAAUAAAGCAUCCAUGUUGUGUGUGUUGUACCUCCGGCCGGCCUCUCUGGGGUGGGGAUGGGAGGUGACCCUUGGCACAUUGAGAGCACUUGAGCAUAUGGGCAUUGAGCUCUUACUGUGCACGGGUCACUUAAGGCCUCAGUUA